AUGGCCAAGAACAAGAAGAAGCAGACCAAGACCCAAAAUCUGAACCAGGUUACGCCUAGUCCCGAAACUGAGCCCACACAAGGCAAUAAUAAUGGCCAAUCUAAACAAGAACGUGUACAAGAAGAAGUGGCCCAGGAACCCGAAUCAGAUGCUCCAAAGUCGACAGCAGACGAACAGAAUGGUCUGGGAGUGAAUGAGUUACAAAAAAAGAUCGACCAAUUGACGUUGGCGUUGAAACAGAAAGAUGAAGAGCUCAUUGAGAAGGAUAAGGCCUUAUUGAAGGCCAGUAGUCUGACAGACGAGAAAGAAGACUUGAAUGGGGACGAUUUAUCGAAAGUCAAGGAGUUAGAGGACCAGUUAUCCAAGGUAGAAAAAGAGCGGGACGAAACAAAGUCAUCGUACGACACGUUGUUGAGUAAAUUGUCAUCAAUGAAGUCUGUGUUCACCAAGAUUAAAGAGUCGCAACGCGAGCUUGAAGAGACAAAAGAAACCUUAGAAGCAUUAACUACCGAGAAUUCUGACUUGAAGGAAAAGAACCAAACUUCUGUCGGUGAAAUCGAAAAAUUGAACACAACUAUCAAAAAGUUGACAGAGGAAAGUUCUGAUUUAAAUAAUGAAUGUGAUCGUUUGAGCACCUCGUUGAAUAAAUUAAGAAGAGAGUUUCAGAGCAAGGACGAGUCGCUUCUGGAUGAGAAGUAUAAUUUGGAAAAUACCAAUUCGAGGUUGACGAAAAAGAUCAACGAAUUGAAACUUGAGUUGAACGAAAUCACCAUAAGUAGAGACGAAGCUAAUAUGGAAACCAAGAACUUAAAUCUUACCAUUGACGAGUUGAAAGAUAAAUUACAGUCCAAAGAGGCAGACAUCAAGGAUUUGGAAGGGAAGGUAAGCAUUCACACCCAAUCAAUAUCUGAGAGAGAUUUGGAAAUAGAAUCUCUCAAACAAAACCAUGAAUCCACAAUCGACGAAUUAAAGCAAAAGAUCGAGUCAUUAAUACAAGAAAAAGCACAGGUGGAUACUAUGUUACAGGAAAAGAUCACCAAGGUAUCCCAAUUAGAAACAGAAAACGAGAAGGUUAGCAAGCUCGAAGCAGAUGUAAAUAGCAAACAGUUGAUCAUAGGGAAAUUGCGUCAUGAAGCAAUUAUCUUAAACGAGCACUUAACAAAGUCCUUGACCAUGCUUAAGCAACAGCUGAGCAACCUGAACAACACCAUCGAUAAGGAAUUGAUCUCAAAUGUUGUCAUAAGCUUCUUACAAUUCCCUCGUGGAGACACUAAAAAAUUCGAAGCAUUACAGUUGAUAAGUGCUUUACUUGAAUGGGACGAGUCACAAAAAGUCAGUGCUGGCUUAAGUCAUAACCAACAAUCUCAGCGUAAUCCUAAUGAUCCAAAUGAUGAUAAGCCAGGGAGACAAAGUUUUGUUUCUUUAUGGACCGAUUUCUUAGAAAAAGAGUCAGAGAAAAAAUAA